AUGGUUACUACAUAUUUUGGUGAAAAUGAUUUAAAUAGAGUCUCUUUUCUUAGAACAGAAGAAGAGUUUAUCAGACGAACACUAGCAUGCGAACAUUCUGUGUAUGUGCCAUUUAUAAAAGGAAACGCUCUUUGUCGUAAUGAUGGUAAUCCUGGCUCGCAUUCGUUACUGAUGGUAUCGUACAGUAGUGCUACACCAACAUUUCAAAAGAUUAUCGAUAAUUACAGUACUGUUCUGAAUAAACCAGAAUCGAGAUUAUCGAAGACUCAUAUCUCUCUCUCAUUCCUAGGCUUGAAGCAAGAUGAUAAGGUUUCUAAUGACCAUGUUCUUACAUAUGGACGUAACGAUAUUACUUACAGGGGUAUUCCAUAUUAUGCAAUUGAUUUCGAUGAGCCUCCAAGUGAUCUAGAGACCCUAUUUCGCAAUGAAGGCACUAAGCUGGAAUUUAUAGAUAGUUGUCUAAUGACAAAAUUCCAUGCUUCAUUAUUUUCUCAUGCGAAAAUGUAUAUUGAUUGGUUAAGAAAUACUCGAUUCUGUACUGGUUGUGGUCAUUUUACAUAUCCUGUUGAAGCAGGUACAAAAGUGAAAUGUGGUAAUAGCGAUAUGUUGAUCAAAUGUCAUGUAAGAGAUGCACGUGUCAACAACUUUUGUUUCCCACGUACUGAUCCAAUUGCAAUUGUUGCAAUUGUUGAUGAAUCAUACGAAAAGAUUUGCCUUGUUCGUUCAAAACGUAAGAUUGAUGACAAACACCCUUUUUACUCCCAUGUUGCUGGAUUCAUGGAACCUGGUGAAACUGUCGAAAAUGCUUGUGUCAGAGAAAUAUGGGAAGAAACUGGUAUCGAUUGUGAAUCUACUGAUGUCGAAAUUAUUGCAUCUCAACCAUGGCCAUACCCUGUAAAUUUAAUGAUGGGAUGUGUCGCGAAAGUAAAGUUCAAUGGUUCCAACGAAAAAGUAAAUCUAAACCAUGAUCCUGAAUUACUGGACGCUCAAUGGUUUGAAAUAUCCGAUCUUGCCAUUGCUCUGAAAGCUCAUAAAGGUGGAUUUUUUGUCCCUUUUGUCAAGAAUUAUUAUUUGCCAGGUAGCCAAGCUGUCGCUCAUAACAUGUUUGAAUAUGUAGCUCAACAAUAUUACAAGCAACACAAUUAA